AUGGUGAAGGAUCUGUUUAUUGUGGGGUUUGGCAAUCUCCAUCAAAUGAAGAUUUUUGUUUUUGCUCUAAUUCUUAUGGUUUACCUUACCAUUAUUAUUGGAAAUGUUUUUGUCAUUUGUUUGAUCAUUAUCAGUCCAAAACUCCAUACUCCAAUGUACUUCUUUCUCUGUAAUUUGUCUACAUGUGAAAAAAAAAUUUCCUCCAUAAUUAUACCAAGCAUACUCAAUACCGUAUGGUGGAAUGGGGGCACCAUGUCCCUAUAUGGCUGCAUCACAUAUUUCUAUGUGGGUGCAUCAGUUGCAAGUGCUGAGUGUCUUUUCCUCACCAUUAUGGCAUAUGACCGGUACCUGGCCAUUUGUAGACCUGUGAGAUAUUCCUCAAUCAUGAACAACAAGACUUGUAACUAUCUGGCAGUGUGGGCUUGGCUGUAUUCAUUUUUGGAGAUGCUCCUCUCAUCAAUUUCAGUCUACAACUUACAGUUUUGUGGUUCAAACACCAUUGACUUCAUGUAUUGUGAUAUAACUCCAAUAGUAGAAUUGUCUACUACAGAUCCUACAGCGGCAAAAAGGCAUGCCUUACUGAUGGCGACCAUUGUGUGCAUCUUACCAUUUAUGUUGGUCAUGUUAAGUUAUUUGUCCAUAUUUUGGACCAUCCAGAAAAUGUCUGCUAAGACCGGGAGACAGAAAGCCUUCUCCACUUGCAGCUCACAUCUCGCAUCCGUCUGCACAUACUUUGGGUCAUUAUUCAUCAUAUAUUUUGUACCUAAUCAACAGAAGUCAUUACAAAUAAAGAAGAUACUUGUUCUGAUAUACACUAUGGGAGUUCCACUACUUAAUCCUUUUAUUUACAGCCUGAGAAAUCAGGAAAUGAAGGUUUCCUUUAAAAUUUAUUUUCUUCCAGCACUUAUAAAACAAUAG